GGAACCCCAUUGCAGCGUCGAUUCGGGCAACCACUACACGCAAUACAAUUUUGCAUUUGCCUAUUUCGGCGUCUGCAACUGGCGCUUUAGGGGAUUUGAAUCCCCUCACUGCAACGCCUCAUCUGGUCGGAUUCUUGUGCGCGUUGUGGGUGUUGGCGUUAGAAUAUCGACAGAGGAUUUUGUGGGGGGUCUGAAUUGGCGUCGGGAGGAAGCGAUUGACGGCUUCCUUUGAGGCAGGCGCUUAGAGUGGUGCGUUUCCGAGGAGUUAAAUGGGGAUGCAGGCACCCACUGCUGAAACUGUGGAUGAUGCGGGUACUGCGUCCGCGGUUGCGGGCCGACCCAGCGUCUUGAUCGUUGGCUCAAGCAAUGUUGGCAAAUACUCUGUACUGAAACGGUUGUUAGGAAAGGAAGAACUACUGAAGGACGAUUCUUGGUCCGGCUCCACUUGCCAUGGUUGGACAAUCGAUACCAAGUAUUACACGGCUGAUGUAUGCAUUUGGACUGCUCGCUUGGAUGAGUUAGACUCCAAGGACAGUGGAUCUUCUCCGCUGGAGCACUGUGAAGCUCUUCUAAUGGUUUUUGACUUGAGUGAUCCAACAACAUUUGAGAAAUUGCAACAAUGGAUGGGAGCAUCAGAAUUGUCUUAUGAAGUGCAGAUUUGUGUUGGUAACAAGGCAGACAAAUUACCCUCGCAUUUUGGGCACAUAGAAUACCGAAGGCGGUUGAUGAAGCGGGGAGAAUCUUCAAGUGAUCCCCAUCCUGAAUUCAUGGACUUUGGGAUUGACAGAACUGAGGGAAGUAGCCUCUUGGCCGAAGACGAUGAUGAAGAUCCAGAGCACCGGCGGCGUGCACGUAUGGAAUGGUGCACCGAGCGAGGGAUUGAGUAUAUUGAGGCCUGUGCAAUCAAUGAGGCAUUUGACAAGUGCAUGUCUGUUGAUGGGGACCUGCAAGGAGUGCCACGAAUUUUAGAUGCAAUAUCUGCACAUAUGUGGACUGGUCUGGUGAUGAAGCCUGCUGAUGUUCAAAGAAAUUUUCAACAAGGCUCGAAAGAGAAUGACGAAGAUAGAGGGUCGUCCAGCGAAGAUGAGGAAGAUUUCUUGAUUGAGUAUGAGAUUUUAUCUAAUGCAUCAACAGAACCAUGGGAUGGUAAUGAGGAUUUGUGGAGCUUCAGAGGUGCUGAAGCUCCACCUAUGGAUGUGGCGAUCCCUUCCGAUGGGGAAUUCAAAGCAGCCGAUGACAUAGAGCCCUCAACAAUCCAAACAAAUGUCCCUAGUAACCUUCCAGAUGAGUCUGAAGGUACUUUUGCAUCAACAAGUACAGUUCCUCAUGUCGUGUCCACAGCGCAUGGCAGUGAAGAUCAAGUAAUAAUUGUGCAACAUUCAGAUGGAUUGAAGAGUCCAGAGACGUCCACUAUCUCUCGUGAUGUCAUUGAGGCAGGUGAAGGCAGUAGUUUGGACGUAACCGAGGAGGUUUUUGUAAAGAACGAUAAGGAACAUGGAGCUGAGGACUUGGAGAAAUUGAUGCAUGAGAUGGCUAGCAUGCGAGAGAAUAUGCGCAACAUGUCUGAUGGGCAAAGAAGAGAGAUGGCUGCUCAGUUGGCCAUGCGGAUGGCUAGUGUGUUCUUAGAUGAUGACGAGGAAGAUGAUGAGUGAAGCAGCCAACUCAGCUGCUCAAUCUUAACGCGAGAUGAUUUGAGCUGUCCUUUUGUUGUAGUUUGCCUAACUGUUUUCUCCAUGAGCUCGAUUUCUUGGUUACUGACAAUCGUGCCUGCCUUUCAUGUUGAUUUAUAGAACGGCUGUAGAUUUUGCAAUGAGGAUUAUUCUGCGAAAUAUUAUGUUGUAGUUAUUUGAGAUCAUUACUUGAACGCUCCUGUCGGCUCUGUUAAAGGGUUGAUUGUGGAAAGCUUGCAGACCUCAAUUUUAUCUUGUUUGUCAGUUUUGUGUUGGAGUUUUGAUUGAUAUACAGCACUCCUGCAGUCACUUUUUUACUU